AUGAUUGCUGGAGAAAUCAGAAAAGCAAUACCAUUUAAAAAAAGAGUGGCAGUUGCUUUGUAUGCUUUAGGCUCUUCUGCCGAGUACAGAAGCAUUGGAAAUUUGUUCGGCAUUUCAAAAUCAAUGGUUUCGAAAAUAGUUAUAGAGUUUUGCCAAGAAACUUAUAAACAAUUAUUUUCAUUAUCACGUGAAACUAUAGAGGAUUGUGUAAACGGAUUUGAUAUAACGGGACUACCUCAAUGUUUAGGAGCAAUCGAUGGCUGCCACAUUGAAGUUCAUCCAGCUUCUGAAGAUGCUGUGGACUAUUAUAAUUACAAGGGAUG